AGUUCAUUCCCAAAAUACUUGAGAUUAUACGUACUAAAGAUGGAGAAAGCCGGAAGCAAAAAAUUAGCAGUUUUAGUAGGAUGCAACUAUGCCAACACACCGAAUGAGCUGCAUGGUUGCAUAAAUGAUGUGUUAGCCAUGAGACAAGUGCUCAUAGAUCGAUUUGGGUUCGAGCCUAAAAACAUUCAACUGUUAACUGAUGCACCUGAAUCGCCUAUUAAGCCUACUGGUGCAAAUAUGAAGGAAGCACUCGACCAUAUGGUUCGAGAGGCUGAGCCUGGUGAUGUUCUUUACUUUCACUAUAGUGGGCACGGCACACGAAUUCCUUCAAACAGACGAGCACACCCUUUCCAUAUGGAUGAAGCGAUUGUUCCUUGUGAUUUCAAUCUCAUCACAGAUCUGGAUUUCAGAAAGCUAGUAAAUCAAGUACCUAAAGGAGCAAGUUUCACCAUUCUUUCAGAUUCCUGCCACAGUGGCGGACUCAUCGACAAAGAAAAGGAACAAAUUGGGCCUUCUUCACUACAGCCAAAUUCAAUUUCAAGCAUCGGCAUAACAAAAUCCAAAACGAUACCUUUUGAAUCAAUAAUCCAUCAUCUCUCAUCAAUCACACAGAUAAACACUCAUGAUGUUGGCACACAUUUGCUUGAGCUUUUCGGAACCACCACUAGUCUCAGCUUCUCUUUGCCUUCACAUGAACUAGAUUUAAUUCCAUCAGUACAUGAUGACAAUGGGAUUUUAUUAAGUGGGUGCCAAGCAAACGAAACUUCUGCAGAUAUGAACCCUCACGGGGCUAAUGGGAAAGCUUACGGUGCAUUCAGUAAUGCGGUUCAAAUUGUGUUGAAAGAGAACAGUGGUGACUUGAGUAAUAAAGAGGUGGUGUUAAUGGCCAGAAAUCUGUUGCAGAAACAAGGAUUUGAGCAACAUCCUUGUCUUUAUUGCAGCGAUGAUCAUGCAAACUCAACAUUCCUAAACAACAUCCGAGUCUGAUCCAAUUGGGUUACCUUUCUCACAGUUGUUAUUUAACCAGUCUUGUGAGAAGAAAUAAAAAGACACAAUAUGUAUAACUUAAAAUAAGGGUGAUUGAAAGUUUGGUUACCUUUCUCACAGUUGUUAUUUAACAACUUGUGAAGAAAUAAAAAGACAAUAUGUAUAAUUUAAAAUAAUGGUGAUUGAAAGUUUGGUUACCUUUCUCACAGUUGUUAUUUAACCAUCUUGCGAGAAGAAAUAAAA